GUUAACUGGGGAAGUGGAAAAGGAAGUGGAAAAUUUACAUAGAAUAUACUAUGAUAAAAAUUGAACAAUUCGUACUAGAUAUAUUUUUGUAUAUUGUUAACUACAAUUUAUUGUUUAUGUAAUAUUAUGAAUGGAAUAUAACAAAUGUCAAAUAAGAAAAAAACAUAUAAAACCAAACGUUUCGUAAACAUUAAUGGUGAGAGAAUGGACUUACGUUUGUGGAAAAAAAUUCUUCUGCAAUGGAUCACCGAAUGUGGGUUUACGGAACGUAACUUCUACAACUUAGAACAAUCUGAUUUGGAGGAAUUUUUUCAAAAUUUUUGUUUGAAUCAUCGGGGCACAGUCGAAAAUGACACACAAAACAUCAUAUCCUUUCUUCAAGAACAUUAUCCCAAAUUCAAUCCAAUAUUAGAUGAUGAAAAUUUAUUAAGUUCUGCGGAAUAUGUGUAUGUUUAUUCAUUACUUUUACAUUUUUGUUGUGUAAAAGAUCCGGAGUCUUACUUUCAUGAAAUAUGCAAAAAGUUAUCCGAACAAACUCAACAAAAUAUUGCUGACUAUUUCAAACAACUCUUGGAUUGUGAAGUUAUAACGAAAGAAAGUUUACGUCAUGCAAUUGCUAAUGUGCCCUCGAUCACAGAAAGUAGUCCACAAUCAAGUGGUAAUAGUCCUGCUAAUAACACACCACCAAUAGCAAAUGGACAUGUAAAUUCACCAGCAAACACACCAAUACGACAAUUUGCCAUGCUUAAUCGUAUAUCACCUUCAACACCAAAGUCGUUUUUACUAGAAGAACGCACACGCGAAUUAUACCAACUGAGGGCUUUGCUAGAUACUGAACGGUAUGAAAAGGGUCUUCUAGAGGUUCAACUGAAACAGAAUGAAGAAAAAAUCACAAAACUAUCACAAGAUCAGAAACGUAUGCAGCAAGUUAUACAUGAUCUGCGAAAUGAGCUACUUUACAAAACUACAGAAGCAUGUUCAACUAUUCCAGACGAUGAACAGGAAGAACAAUUGAAGAAACGUCUAUGCAAGGAAAUUUCCCAAAAAGAGGAGGAAAUUACUAAAAUAACAUCCAUAUUAAAUACACUUAAAGAAGAAAAAGAUUUGGUGACUGAAAAGCUUUCAUUUGCUAAUAGUAAUCUGACAGACUGUAUUGAGCGAAUAAAUCAACUGGAGGCUACUUUAGAUGAACAGGCAUUAGAAUUAGAGGCUAAAAGUAGCACCAUUUUAUAUCUUACAAAUAGUAAAUUAGAAUUGGAACAGUUUAUAGCAGAAACUCGCAAAGGAAAUAACAAUUUGAACUCUUCCAAUGAUUUUCUGGAUAACUCCUUCUCACAAACAUCAAAUGGUUCUGGCAGUCAAUUGGUUCCAGAAAAUUUAGCUAAUUCUGUUGUAGAUAAGCAAUUACGUGAAAAGGAAGUGGAGAAUUCACAGUUACGGGAAGAACUUGCCACACUACGUUCAGAUAACUCGAAAUUAGACUUUGAAAUGCAGGAAUUGCUAAUGAGAAUUGCUCAGGACUUUAGCUUAUCGUUAAGCACAGAAGCGGAGGCCGAAAAUGAUACUCCUAAAAAGCCUGAACAAAAGUUACUACUAUUAUCUGAUUGCAUACAUAGAAUAAAUACUGAUUAUAAAAGUGCGCAAUGUAAGUUUCAAACACUCACAGACGAGACACAUGCCUUAUACAAUGUGAAUUCACAUCUUAAUAGUCAAUUGAAGAAGUUUGAUGAGGAUGUGCGCAAUCUUAAGGAUAUGUUAAAAUCUGUUGAAAGUCGUAAUAGUGAAUUGGAAGAAAUCAAAAACGAAUUAAAAGAACAACUUUCACAGUGUAAACUCGAAAGCAACAUGUUAGCACACCAGAAAACGAAUAUAAAAGCUGCGAUGGAUUUGUUGACGCAAGAAUUCGAAGAGUAUAAGGCGACCACUAGUAUAGAGCAAAAUAAGUUACUAAAAGAAGUUAAAGAACUUAAGGAAUAUAAAGAGAAGCUUGUUUUAUUGACUAGUGGUUAUGAACAAUUUAAAGAGGCUUGCAAAGUGGAGCAAGAGAAGCAAGUGGCUGAAAUUAAGAUAUUACGAGCCCAAGCAGAACAGCAUCAUAUGAGCAAUACUAAAUUAAAUGCGAUUAAAGCACAACUCCAGGAGGAAAUUGAGAACUUGCAAUGCAAGCUAAGGGAGUCGAAAGAAAAAUUACUUUUCAAAUCAACAGAAUUCGAGAUGGAAGUAAAAGUUUUGAAUGAGAAAAUUAGUAACAAACAGCUUGAGUUAAUGUCGCAUAAGUCAGCCGAAACUUUAGUGAAGGAGAAGUAUGAGAAAUUGUUUAUAGAGUUUGAGGAUAUGAAAACGACUGCACGUGACACUAAAAAACAUCUUGAAGAAAUGCGUGAAGAAAUAUCGAGCAAAGAACUACAAAUGUCUAAGUUAGGUAAUGAAAUAAUUGACACGAGUAGAAGCAAUGUAGAACUAGAGGAGCGUAUUAACAUAUUGAUGGAGCAAUAUAAGAGAGAAAAAGAAAAAUCAGGAUACGAUGUCGCUGUAAGAGAAAAUCAAAUAAGAGAGUUAUCAUCAGAAAAGUUAGAGCUGGAGAAAAUAUUAACUCAAACUAAUACGGAACUUGAAAUAGCGACUACUGAAGCACUCAGCUCGAAUUCUGAAAUAUCUAAUAUAGCAACAGCUAUUGAAAUAUUAAUGUCCAUAAUUGAAAAACCAUUUGGAAAUAGUAAUCUAUGUGCUUGCCUUGAACAAAUUACAACUAAAGUGAAGAAUUUGACAUCCUCUCUUAACGAAGUAGAAAGCAAAUUUGAACGAUUAUCAAGAGAGCAUACAGAAGUGAAAAAUAAGUUAGAGAAAGCCGAAAAAAAACUGGAACAUACUUUAGACGAUAAUAUACAUUUAACGAAGAAAAUGGAGCAUGUCAACACUGAUACAAAAAAACUAUUAAAGUUGUCGCAAGAACGCAUUUUAGAGUAUGAGCGGAGGUGUGAUAAACUUACUGAGGAAGUGUCUCGUGGUAUAGUGGAAAUGGAGAAAAAACUUAAAGAAAGGGAUGAAUUCAAUCAAGUACAAGUAACAGAAGUAAGCAACAAAUAUGAGAAUACUUUGCACACACUUAGAGAAGAGCUUAAAAGUGAGAGGCAUUUUAAGAACAAAGAGUGUAGUAGCAUAAAGAAAAAACUACUUGAAGCUGAAAAAUCAAAAGAACAGUUGGAACUAGAAAAAUCUGAAGCAGAAUUCAAGCUCGGCUGUAAACUAAAAACUUUUGAAGGAAAAUUAGAAGAAAUGACUUCUACAAAUAAUAAACUGAGUGAAGAAAUAAUACAGUAUAAGCUUGAGCACAAUAAUACCGUUGAUCGUCUUGGACAGUUGUCGAUUUCGUUAAGAGAAGCGUGUGACCAUAAAAAUUCUUUAUUAGCGGAACUUAAAUCCAAAGAAGAAAAAAUUCAAACUUUAGUGGAAGAACUGGAAUUAAGCAAAAAAGCUAUACAAGCACUGGAAGACGUAAAAUCACAGCAAAUUGACUCUAUAAUAAAUCUUAAAGAGGAAGUGGAAGAUUUUAUGAUUGAAAAGCAGCGUUUAGACGUAAAAUAUGAAGAACUUUUGGCUAAAUUAGAUUGUGAACAAAAAGAGAAAGCAACUCUAUUGCAGUCGCUUGAAAAAACUGUCGAUCAACUAAAAGAAUCUGAUGACAACCUCAAUGAAGCGACAAAAUUGCUAGAGGAGAGCGAAUUCAAAAAUAUAAAUCUAAUUAAGGACUACGAAAACAGACUGCAAGUCAGCAUGGAAAAUUUACGACUUGAGCGCAACAACUGGGAAUUAAAGUUUAAUGAACUGCAACAAAAAUUAUUCCAUGAAAGUGAGAAAUUAAAGUCUCACGACACAAUCAUCUUGGAAAUAGUAGCAGGUUUGGAAAACUAUAAAAAUCUGCAAGUUGAACACGAAUCUCAGAGUUUUCCAAAUCGUUUUAAUGCAAAAGAAGGAAAUAGUGAUAACUUGAACAAGCUAAAAACAACCUUAAACUCCGUUGUAUAUAAAUUGGAUUUCGUCGAAUCACAAUUAGAGUAUUCCAAACGAAACCUAGUAGAAAUGGACAAUGUCAUUAAGUCGAUCACUAAAAACGACAAGAAACUAAAGGAGAAACUUGAUAACAGCGAAAAGGAAAUUUUGCAAUUAAAAAAAAUGUUGGAAGUAGAAAAUAUUUGUUUGGAAAACAAAUUAAGUCAAGAUCUGAUUAGAAUGAAAGGUGAUAUGCAAAAUUUGGAAGCUGUUAACGAAAAGCUUUCAGCUGAAAAUGCAGAUCUGCAAAUUAAGUGGUCAGAAUUGGAAACAGAAAUCGAUAAAUAUCGUAAGAAUAUUAACACAUUACGGGAUCAAAAUAAAUCACUACUUGCAGAUAAUGAACAUAAAAAAGGACAAAUUGAUCAUCUGAGAAAAGAGCAUUUGUCGCUAGAGGGAUUACUUCAAGCGAAAGAAGAUGAUUUUGUAGAUUUAAAAGCGCAAUCCGCUAAAGUGCAGAAACAAUUGCUAGAAAAGACAGAGGAUUUAGCUAAAACCGAAAAUGAGAUCAGUUUAGCUAACGGCACAAUUAGGCACACACAGUCUAAACUAACUAAGCUGGAAACACAACUGAAGGAAAUACAAAAGGAUUUAAGUGAACAAAAUCAAAAAUAUGCACGCCUGCAAACAUCAAAUGGAAACUUUGUGCUUGAACUUGAACAGAAAACUCAAUCUCUUGAAAAAGUACAGCUUAAGCAUGAUGAAAUGUUCAUACAACAGCAGUAUUUGGAUAAGGAGUUGAAAAGCGCACUCUCUGAAUUAGAUUCUUUACGUGGGAAGAAAGCAGAUACAGAUAGCAAAUAUGCGGCGCUUCAAUCCGAGUUGAAAGAAUUAACUGAGAAAUUCAACUCUAACAAAAUUAAACAUGACUCUGCACUUGCAGAAAUCGUUAAUUUGACUGUCAAGCUAAGCGAUGAGCGAACCGAAAAACGACAGUUGUCUGAUGAACUAAAAAUAAGCAGGAGAGAACUGCAGCAAGCAAAUGAUAAUAUUACAGAGCUUAUACAGCAGAUCUCUUCUGUUCGUAGCGAAAAGGAAUCCUGUUCAGAAGAAACUCAGAUAUUACGCAAACAGAUUGAGCAGAGCGAAAAAGCGCAAUCUGAAGCUCAAGAGAGAUUGAAAUCUGUGCAAGAGAAUAGUCUGACAGUUGAGAAGCAGCUACUUCAAAUUCAAAACGAGUUUAAAACAUUAGUCACACAACACGAUAAUAAGACAGCACUCGUCAACAAGCUAACUACUGAAAAUGAUAAAUUACGAGAGAACCAUGCUAACACCACAAAAAGACUAGAAAAGCUUGCUCUAAAACUGGGAGAUGUACAAGCACGUUGCUCAAAACUUGAACGCGAUAAUGAACGUCUCUCAAAAACUAAGGAGGGUGGCACAAGUGCAUUUGAAUACUUGCAACGUGAACGUGAUACUCUGCAAGAAGAGUGUAAGUCUUUAAAAGAGCGUAUCAAUAAAAUUGAGAUAGCUUACGAACACUUGAAGAAUAAAGUUCAAAAUCUCGAGAAAGAAAAGAAAGAACUGGAGAAUGAUAAGAUUAAUCUGGUGUCUAAUGAAAAUGAAAUCAAAACAAAAUUCUUAAAGCUUGAGAAAAUGCGAGAAUGUAAUGAAGAGAAACUACGCAAACUGAAUCAAUCACUAGCCAAUUGCGAGCAAGACAAUGUGCGAUUGAAUCUUGAAGUCGGUGCACUCAAUAACCAACUGUUGGAAGCGUGUAAGAAAAAAAACGUUACCAAUGCAGAAUUCGAAAAGGUUAAUAAAGAAUACCUCGCUUCUAUGGACAAGAUUAAAGUCUAUGAAGACCUAAAUAAAAAAUUAGAAAGGGAAAUGUGUAGUAUGCGUGAUGAGCACAUUGACUUGACGGACCAAAUAUCUAAAUUAUCGCUUGGCUUAGAAAUUUCCAAAACAACUGUGGCUGAUGUAAAUAAAGAAAUCGGCCAAUUGCGUACAGAGUUACUAAUCAUUAGGGAAGAAAAAACUCAGUUGAAUGAAAAAUACACUACCACUGUUGCCGCGUUGCAAAUUGCGGAAAAUAAAAUCAAGGCUCUGCUAGUGGAAAAGGAAGAUGUUGAUAAAAAAAUGGUCGAAACCCAAAUUGAGUUGGAAAGUAAAAAUGCACAAACCAAUGUGUUACAGAAACAAAUCGAUUCGCUUCAGGCAACUAAUAAUGUUUCCAAUAUGUCCACUGAGGAGCUUGAAAAACUACAAAAACGUUUUGCUUUGUCAGAUGCACUGCUAUUGAAAGAAAAAGAAAACAGUUCGCAAUUGUUGAUGGAUAACCAAAUUUUGCAGGCCAAGUACCGCGAUCUAAAGGUUCGCUUCGAAGAACAAACCCAGAUCAGUGAGAAGCGCAUUAAGGAAAAUCGGUUGGAAUUGGAAGGCAAACUGGAAAAAAUGAAAAAUAAAAUGAAAACAUUGUACACCGAGGAAACAACAAAAAUGAGUACGAAACAUGAACGCGAGAUCGCGAUUUGUAAAUCAGAAAUGGAAAUUAUUACUGCUCAGAAUAAAAAAUAUGAAGAGCACACACGUAAACUAUCUAGUCAAAUUGUACGUUUAAAUGAUAACAUAUUGGAGUAUCAAAAGCAAAACGCUAUACUUAAAACCAAACUGAAGCACUUGGAAGAUAGUGCUGGAGGUCCAUUUAAACGUCCAAGUAUGAUUCAUGUAUCUUCGACGGCCUCACUUGCUUCUGCUAAUGGUAUCGGGACAAAUUUAGCUAUGGAAGAUGAGGAAGGAGAAGUAUUUAACAAUACUUAUCUAACAGACUUAAAGAAUGGGCGCUGCUCUGAUUUUAUGAACAAUGAUAUGUGUGCUGAAGAACUGAGAUACCGCAAUUCUUUGGUGCUACCACAUCUGAAAAGUAGUUAUGCACCCCAAUACGAUGUUGGCUUGAACGAGGAUGAAUUGAAAGAUGGUCCCCACAGCUUAGAUGAUAGUAUGAUCGGUUUGCUCAGUACUACAGCUGGGUCACGUAAAAAAGUUAGCGGUGUUACGCAUUAUAAAAAACCUGGCCCUCCUACGCCUAGUAAAAAUGGUGGUCGUCUCUCUUUUGGUGGUUGUGGUGAGCAAGGCAGAGAGAUAUUGAAAGAAUGUAAAGAUGACAACAAUCCAUCUGGCUCCUCUGUCAAAACACCCGCUCGGUUUGCAUUUUUCUCAUCGAGAUUCAGUAUGGGCAAUCCUAAAGAUGAGGACCCAACGAACAAGAAUUUCCAUUUGGUUCGUUUGAAUGACACCAAAGCUGGACAAGUUUGUACCUCCACGCCGCGCAAGAGCAGAAUAUAUUUUGACCAGCGACGUUUAAUAGAUUCAUUGAGUUCUGCAUCGAGUACAAAUUCAAAUUUGAAGCUAAAAAUAAAUGAAAAUAAUAAGGAAAAUGAAAUAAAGAAAUACACAUACCAAACAUCUGUAAUGACACCUUUGAAGAAAAAUAAAGUGAAGUCAAAUCCAUUCCUUAAAUGUAUUGAAAAUCAACAAUUCAUUCGAAACAGACGAAGUCGUUGUCUGAAACGGCGACUGUCGAAGCUGGGUCAAAAAUGUGUGGUUGAGACUACGUCUUCAGCAAAAACAGAUUCUCCGUAUGACAUACUUACCGGUACCGGUACGACAAGUUCAGGUGGCGUAAAAAGUUCAUUACAAAGUCGUUUGCGUCGCAGGAAGAAACGUGAUCGUGGGAGUCGCCCAUCCAUUUAUUUAUGCAGCAAUAUUUUUGCAAGGCAGAGGGCGCAUCCCCGCAAUAGUUUGAUUGACAUUAAUCGCCGUAAAGCACGCAAACAACGUAACGAACAGUUUAAUAAGUACCGUCCACUGCGUGUUGAGGAAAACGGAACGUUAAGUGAUAGCGAAGUUGGAGGCGUGACUUUUGAGGUAAAAAAUAAUAAUUACGCUAAUUUUAAUCACAAUACUAGAAGUGAUAAAACAGUUGUUAUCACAAAAUCAAAAGAUGAUUCAAAUGAUCUCACGAUAGGAUUGUGUAAUAAUUCAAACUCUAAUAUUGAUGACCCAAUUAUAGAAGAAUACAAUAAUAGUCGCAGUAGUAGUAUAGAGGAAGUGAUUGAAUAUGAACCGCCGAAUGGGGAGUUGGGUAAAACCAAACUUGUAAUUGAGGACAAAUUCCUAAAACAAGAGAGCACCUAUAUUGAUACCGAUACGGACUGUGACGAGUUCGAUGUGUCAGAGUGUAGCAAGUCAGAAUUGAUAGACUUUGAAAGAGAAGUGAACUUACAUAAAGGAAAUAAUUUCCAUUUGUUUAACAAAGACCAUCAAUUUGAUGGGCUGAAUAGUGCCGAUUUUACAGCACAACUGAACGUAAAAGAAUCGAAAGCACCAUUCGAAAUAAAACCUAUAAAUUUCAGCGAAAUGGAUUUAAAAGCUAAUGACCAGGAGAGUCAACAGCAAAGUAGCGGUUUUGAAUUGAUACCUACAAGCUCGGGAUUGUCGAAUUAUGUACCACCUACAAAUCAAACGCUCUCACCAUCAGCGCAACUUUCACGCAUAAUUUACACUGGAAACAUCAUCUACAGUCGUCGCAUACCAAACGUUAAUAUGACCCAUGUAAGGAAGUCUUCUAUUUAUAUAAAAAGUAAGAACAAUCAAUCUGAUGAUGUGGUGUUAGUUACCAACCAAACAAUAACCAUUGUCGACCUGUACCACAUGUGGUGUCAGAUGAAUGUUACAGCGCGUUGUGUUAUAAGCUUUUCAAUAUUCGCUACUCUAGCGAUUUUUGUGAUCUUUGGUGCUGUAUUCUUUUACGGAUUCUAAUAGAGUUCUACGAAUAUUAUAUACAUCUUAUA